AUGAGACUCGCCCACCUCCACCUCCCAAACACCACGCCCUUCAACCGCGUCUCUCAAAUCCAACAAGCCCUCACAACCCGCCUCCUCACGCACAAAAAGCUCACCUCCGCACACUCCCUCACCUCCCAAGAGCCGAAUUUCACACUACCCAACACACCACCUCCACCCCCGGACCCAACAAUCAUAACCUUCACCCCCAACCCCGUCUACACAACCGGGCGCCGCGACCUACCACCCUCAAACACAAGCCCACCAACAACAACCACAAACCUCUCCCUCCCCCCAGCCCUGGAACCCAUCCGCUCCCUGCUCACAUCGGACGGCACCAACCCGCCGAAGGCAGAGUACCGCCCGACGCUCCGCGGGGGUCAGACGACGUACCAUGGACCAGGGCAGAUGGUUGCGUAUACGAUCCUGGAUCUGAAGAGACUGGGUCUAACGCCGCGGUGUCAUAUACGGGUUUUGGAGAAUAGUGUGAUUGAUUUACUGGGCAGGUAUGGGGUUGAGGGGUUCACGACUGAGGAUCCUGGGGUUUGGGUUUCUGGUGGGCAGGGGAGGGAGCAGGCGAAGAAGAUUACGGCUGUUGGGGUGCAUUUGAGGAGGAAUAUUAGUAGUUUUGGGAUUGGGUUGAAUGUUACGGAUGAGCCGAUGUGGUUCUUUAAGCAGAUUGUUGCUUGUGGGCUUGAGGGGAAGGAGGCGACUAGUUUGCAAGGGGUUGGGGUUGGGGGUUUGGAGAUUGGGGAUGUUGCGGAUGGGUUUGUGGAGAGGUUUGUUGAGAGGGUUAAUAAGAAUUUUGCUUGUGGGGGAGGGCUCAGUGGGGGAGAGGAUUGA